AUGACUACUACCGCCGCCUUCUCUUCCUGGAAGGAAGUGAAAACCAACGAAGGUUCCAGCAUGGACCUCCGUCGUGUUCUACCCCUUCUAUCCUUUUUCACCACUUCUGAAAUCGAGGAGCAGCUCUCCUCAAAUACCUUCCCUUACCUGAACGAUAACUGCGAGCUUCCGCCUAUCAAAUUCAAAAUUACCGGCGGAAACGUCUCCGUCUACGAUGACGACACUGCCAGUGACGAAGGAUCGACCAACGCUGAUGGUAAUAACUCCAAUAGCGAUGGAGGACAGACCCUCGCUCUUUUUUGGGCCCACGGUCGUAAAGGCAAGAUGUCAAACACUUGCCCCGUCGGCUCACUGUGGCCUGACAACUUUGAGUCUUCGGGGCACGUAUCCGACACUGCACAACGGGGAUACCACAGCCACGACACCAAAGCCUGUACCGUCCUCUACAGGGACGGCCACGGUGUAAACACCUCUAUUUCCACGCGCUUCGCUCACAGAAUCGCCGGUGCGAAAUACUCCCUCGCUAUUUGCCCAUCGUCCACCGGCCUUGCGAACCUUAAUAAGGCGUACAAUUCGAUCGCCAACGCAUUCAAAACUCACAUAGACAAAGACGCCCCCUCUCCAUACGAAUUCAUGUCAAACGGCAUUAGCUCGUACCAUAACAAACUGAAAUUCCGCUCAAAGGUCUUCAUGUUUGCUAACCGAAAGGACGACUACACGGGCGAAAACUUCCCCGACAACUCCGACCUCAAAGAACCAGUCGUCACCGCCCUACUCAAAGGCACCACCUACCGUCGUCGACCCUGGCCCAGGGUUGUCGUUCGUGGCCGCAGCGUCGACCCGGACUCAACAGACGAAGAGGCGAUUUUUGAAGCUGGUUUCCACUCUCUCGAAUACCUGCCAGACGACGUAGUCCUCUCCGUAGCCUUCAACGUUGAAGGCUACAUCAUGGACAGGGAGGGCAAGCGUGCUGGUCUCGAGUGGACGCCUUCGACGAUAAUUGUGCACGGAAGGGUCUCCGACGGUGACACGACCUCCUCACCUGCAAAAAGACCUCGGCACGCCCUUUCUUCGGAUGUUUUGCUGGGAAAAUCACCCGUUAAGAAAACAAAGGGUUGUUCCAUGUCAACUGAAAACCCCGGCGCUUCGCAAUCUUCCUCUUCCUCCGCCGUUUCAAACUCUCACACCGGCCCUUCAAACUCUUCCAUCGCCCCUUCCUCUUCCACGGUCACCUCCAGCGACGUUUUCGAGGAAACUGAGCCCUCGAGGAAGAGCAGUCGCUCAAGAAAAGGGAAAGAGAGGGAAAAUGAUAUUUAA